AUGGAGAAGUUAAAGAAAACAAGGAUGACAUGUCGAGGGUGGGUGACGAGAGCUUCCAAGGGUCUGAGUGACCUUCUGGAGUCUUCCGACACAACCAUUAGUCAAUUUGAGUAUGCCAUCAAGGAAUACGGCCAAAGACUAGCUAAGUUGGAUGAAGUCCAAGAAGCAAUAGAAAUUGAUGUAGCUGAAGAAGAACUAGAACAACUUUUGGACGAAGCCCAUGAGUUUAGAACAAAAAGUGUGCAGCCUAGGAUACAAGCUGAAGACCAGAUAAGGAAGUUAGCAGCAGCAGCGGGUCCUGGUUCUAAAGCUGGCAGUAUAAGUGGACAGUCUUCAUCUCAAGAAUCAGAUGUCACCAAUGUCAAGUUACCCAAGCUGGAACUGCCAAAGUUUAGUGGUGAAGUGACCCAAUGGCAUUCCUUCUGGAAUCAAUAUACUUCCCACAUCGAUGCAACAGACCUUCCAGUGAUCAGUAAGUUCACCUAUUUGCUGUCUUUGCUGGAGGGAGGUGCCAAGAAUGUAGUGAAGGGACUAGCCCAUUCCAGUGCUAAUUACCUGGUUGCCUGCAAACUACUGAAGGAACGCUACUACAAGCCAGAAAAGAUUAUUUUUGCUCAUGUCCAGGCAUUGUUAAAUGAUCAGGUCAACAUUAAUGUCAGCGGACCAAAGGGUGUAGCACAGCUGUGGAAAUUACAAGAUGACAUUCUAAUACACAUCCGCAGUUUGGAGGCGCUAGGCGUCACAAGAAAACAGUGUGAAAUGUUUCUUACACCUACCUUCCUCUCUUGUUUGCCCAGUGAACUGCAGCUAGAGUGGGCCAAGGAUGGUGAUGGACAUGAGAGUGAUUUAGAUUGGUCAUUGACAUUCUUAGACAAGGAAAUUUCAAGAUUAGAAAGGUCUGAAGCCUUUAAGGGAAAGAGUAGUAGUGAAGAAAAGAAAAUUGAAAGUAAGAGUUCUAAAGACAAGGUGUAG